AUGGCCAAGUCCAAGAACCAUACCAACCAUAACCAGAACAAGAAGGCCCACCGUAACGGCAUCAAGAAGGCCCCUACCUACAAGAAGAUGUCCACUCGCGGUAUGUGCCCUAAAUUCCUGCGUAACGCCAAAUACGCUCUCAAGGGCUGCCAACAGUUGAAGAAGUCCGAGUAA